GAUUCGAUGUAGUCUUUAGAUUUUGCUCCUGCAUUUAAAUAAAGUAAUUAGUUGAAUACACAAUCGAUAAGGAAAGAGUCUCAAAAUUUUAAAAUAAUGAAUUCGUUCAACUUUAAAAAGUUUUUGUUUCUCUUUAAAGUUUUGGGUAGUGGAUGUUACUUGGUGUACCUCGGAUUCAAACCUGAUGUCAUCGAGGUUGAACGUAAGGACUUGCGUCCACAUAUGGUUUGGAAAGAUGAAGAGUGGUUUCGGUGCCAAAAACGAGUAUUAGUUGACUCGGAGUUUAGCACUGGAACGAAUGUAGAAGUCAGAACAAAGGUUGAGCCUUUUGGUAAUAUUUGGGUUCCGGCUAUAACCAUAAAGGAGAAUGAAGACAGGAAAUUACUGGUGAAGUACAAGAGUCUGAACGGUGGAGAAGAUGAAUACACCAAGACUAGCGUUCCUUACUCUGAGAUCCGGCCUUCACCACCGCCUUUUGGUUCAAGAACUUUAGGGUUGAUGGAGAAUGUGGAUGCCCUGCUCGAGUGCGGAUGGUGUCCAUGUGUAGUAAGCAUGGUUCUCUGUGGGGACAGAUACGGUGUCCUGUUGGGACCAUGCAAGCAGAGUAAGGACUUUGAGCACUUGCAGUUAAGACCAUCCGUGAAGUGGAAAGAUGGAACUUGGAAAACAAAACAAAAAAAAAGUAAGUUGUUACUUAUGUAGAGAUUUAGGAAGUAAAAUGGCUAAUGCUGUGAUGAAUGGGAACAACACAAGGAAACCGGAAAUAGCAGAAACUGCAACUAGGCAGACAAAACCAGCGGUAAAAACACAAGAAAUGAAGAAUCAAAGAGGGAAAGUGAAUGAUCAAAGAUUGCUUUCUCAAGCUGGAGAAACACGGGUUUGAUAUUGCAGCGCCUCGAUCUAAGAUCGACAAGCUAUUGUCCAUCAAAGAAGCCAGACACGGGCAUUGGAAGAGUUGAAAGUUGCUGCAGAGAAAGACAAUAAAAGAAGGAAGCUGGAAGACAAUGUCGAACAAGCCUCAAAGAAGAUUGUUGAGUUGCAGAGACAAGAAGCAUUGAUGAAGGAAGAGAAAGUGACAAAAGAAAAAGAGAUAGCUCGGAUGAAGUAUAAACGCAGUGGCUCUCGACAGAAUGGUUCAGUGGGUGGAGCAGGAGUUUCGUGCAACUGUGAAAUCCCCAUGGUACUAAUAAAGUAGAUUAACAUACAGUAUGUCAAAAUCUACUUUAACUUUGUUGCAUGUGGCCGUGUUGAUAGUUAUAAAAUAAUAAGAGCCUGAGUUUUUAAACUGAUGCCAGAUGUUAUUAGUUUUAUGAACAAUUUUUUGGAGAACUAAAGCUCAAGAAGAAUAUGGCAUUGUGGCUUCAACCAAUUUUUCAGUUGAA